AUGGGAAUUAGACGGGUGCAAGACGGCCCGAGGACGAGUCAUCCGGACAGCUUCCACGCUUUUCUGACCACUGCGUUCUCGGCCCUUCUGGUUGGUUCUAAAACAUUAAAAACAAUUUAUUUUUUCCCCUCUCGAAAGUAUGCAGGAGUACUUUACAGCCCCUAUAAACACUCCGAUUUUUUUCUCUAAAGUUUUUUUCUUCAAAAAAAUUUCUAUUUAGUCCAGUUACAUAAUCCAUUUCCCGAUCUUGUUUUUUUAUUAAAACCGCGUAAAUUAAUUCGAGAGCUGAUUUCAAGUCCAUCAGUAUUUAGGUUUCGAGCACAGUUCAAAUCACCAUUAAAGCUCUGCAAAUAUCAAAACGAUUCCAUUGUUUUAUUUCUUUAUCGCAGUUGAAAUUUGAAAAAUUCUGUAAGAAAUUUUUUUUAAACAGUGAAACCUUGUAAGAGUCUUUUUAGGUAAGAGUGUGAAAUCAGGCCCCGGUGUUGAAAAGAAACAUUUUUUGAGCCUUAUUUUUGUUCAAAUAUAUAUGGGAACUUCUUUUUUAGUUUUUUAGGUGAUAUAACAUUUUUUUCAAUGUUUUUUUGUACACAUGGUUAGCCCAGUAGAUUGAAUUAACAUAAUGACUUGCUCAAAAAAAGCAUGGCCCAGAAGAUUCAGAAAGCGUGUUUUUUUGAAAGUAGAUCGUAAAAAAACGGAAACAAUAUCUAAAGAAGCUGGAGAAAAAUUUUAUUUUAAAAAGAAAUUUAAAAAAACUUUCUAAUGACAAAACGUCUUAAUUCGGAUAGAAAAGCUCGUGGUUGGGCUCGAAAUCGGAAACAAACAAAUGGUUUGGGAGAAUGACCAUCGCCGGCGCUCUUGACAACUUUGCAACGUCCUCAGAAACGGGCGCCGCAAAUUCUGAAGGAUAAUUGCUUGAAAUAAAUUGUGGUCGCCAAAAGUUGCGGCCAAGACCGGUAUUCGCAACUUCUUGCGACAAGCUUCUCUUUCUCGAACCAUCUUCUAUGAACUUACUUUGACUCUGCAGGCCAUCGUUUUCUCCCUUCGGAUUUUCAUCUUCUCACAGCCGAAGCGUCAAAUUCGGCAUCCCAGCGAAGAAGAUCUCGAGGUUGCCUUUUUUGCCAAGAAAGUGAGAAAAUGAGAGAAACGUCGGCCUGUGACCAAUACGUAUAGUUGACCAACGUUUGCGCACACUCUUGACUUAUAUUUUGAGAACAUCCCUUCAAAGUCGCGUUAUUGCGACGUUUCUUCAUUUUUUUCUCUUCCUGGUUAAAUUUUUUUGAUUCUUUUUUUGUUUUUUUAGGAGAAAUUCCAAAAAAAGAUACCCUCGAUAGUUUGUCGUUUCCUUAAAUAAGAUUCAAAACUAAUUUUUUUUAAAGUUCUUAAUUUUUGAUUAUUCCUUUCUUUCAUUUUUUUUUACUAUUGCGCCAGCUUUUCUGAAAAGCAACAUUUUUCAGAGCUAUGCGGAAUCUAAUAAUUUUUGAACAAUACCGAGAGAGGUGAAUAAUGAAAAAAACAAAAACGAAAAAAAUAAUUUUUGUUCUUUACAUUUACGUUAUACGAAUUUGUUCGCUGCACAUUUCUUUAUAAUCGUUUUUUUCAAAAAGGUUCCAGUUUCUUUUCUUUUUCUGAACUUAUAAUUUAUUUGAAAAAUUAUUCUUAUUUCAAAUAAAAGCAGUGAAAAAAAUUGAAAAAUUGAAAAAUCCUUUUUAAAAAUAAUAGUUGCAACACUUCGAAAAAAAUUAGAAAAGAACUUUUUUUGGAGUUUUUUUCCUAGCAACGUUUCUAAUUGAAACUUGGAACUUUUUUUGCUUUUACCUUGAUAAAAAAACAUGAUGUCUCCACCCAAUCUCCGAUUUCCAUGAAGAAUAGGAAUAUUUACAUUUUUGAUUUUUUUUAAAAAUUUUUCUCUUCAAAUAUUAUUUCCUAUGAGAAAAAUCGGAAAAAAAGUGUGGCACAGAUAUGAAAAAAACUCAAGAAUUUCAUUCGGCCCAUCAAAGAGUUUCAUGGCGAAUUAUCAAAAAUUUCCUAUCCGCAAAGUAAAAUGACUUUCCUUGUGAGGUAGACGUUGCGCUUCGCGUCCAAAAACUCAAUCUGAAGUUUAGCAUUGUCAAAACCUGCGGUCAUUUCAGCCUUCCGGUCAAACUCUAAUGGUUUUCUAAAUUUUCUUAAGCUUUUUUCCUACAAAUGUUAGGAUUUUUAUUAAAGAAAGUUAACGAAAUUUUGUCACGCCCUCAAUGAACAUUUUGAGGCGGCUUCCAUAAUGGAGCAGAGUUCCCGCGGGCCGCCGUCCGUGCUCGCGCUUCUUCAAACCGACGAGAUGCCCAGCUCCUGCUCCGAGGACGAACCGUUCGUUUUUUAUCGAAUUUUUCCAUUUUGUUUUUUCGUGAUUCCAAUCAUUAUAUUGAAUUAGCCGAUAAAAAAAUGAGCGUUUUUUUGAUUGUUUCAUUCACAAAAAAAUGAUUAAAAUCGACUGAUUUGAGAAGUAUUUUCGAUGUCUAUCUAUCAAUUGUCAUUGAAGUUCAUGCGGAAAUUGGAUUUCUUUUUUUAAAUUCGAGCUUUUUAAAUCAAAUAAAAAAAUCGAUGAAAUCAACGUUCCUUUGAAACCGACCAUUUUUCUCUACUUUUCAGAUUCAAUUCAAAUUUUUCUUCCAAUUUUUCAAUGCGUAUACCAAACUAAAUAAUAGUGCCAUAUAUUCAGCUGAAUCUUUUUUUCUAAUUUUGGUUCAUUGAUUCCAUUCGAGAAUUUUAUCCUGUCAGAAUUUUUUUUCGUUUCCCAAUCAGAUUCACCAAGAGAAUUGUUAAAUUGCUAAUUUUCUUUUAAAAUGUUCUCGGAGUUUUUGAUAAUUUCAAGUAACUCGUUUUCAUAUGUUUACUGAUUUCCUAUCAAAAAACUGAAAAAAGGGAAUAGAGUCAUGAAUUAACCUAGUUGAAAGUUCUAUAAUUUUUUUUUCAUUAGCUCCUCAUUUAUUCUCAAGUUCUUGCUCUUGUCGGAAUUUUUUUUUAUUCAAUCAGUUUUUCUCAGAUCGACCUCAACGGCGGCGCCUCCGUUACCCUCAUUACUGCAGUCGAAUUUGCCGACCUACCUUCACACGAUAAAUGAAGUGAGAUCUUACAUUUUCCAUUCAAAAUUUCGAUCUUACAAAAAACGUCGUGACUCGUACAAUUUUUUCAGACUUUUGCAAUUUUCUCACUCACUUGUUUGCUCUGAGAAUCUCAUCUGCGCCAAUAUGUUUGUUCUUCAAAUUUAUUUGAAAAAUAUACGUGUGGGAAUUUUCGAAUUGGAAUUUAUGAUUUCUUUGAGGACUUCUCAACGGCGGAUAAGAUUUUUUUUUUGAAAAGUUCCUUUCAAGCUAUUUACUCACUCUAAUAAAGUUAUAAACUUGAAUAUUGCACUUUUUUUGUCCAAAAAAUUGUUAACUUUUGUUUUUUGUCCAAUUAGGACGAAAGAUUUGGGUGGCGUGAAAAAAUCUUGCAAUAUUUUGGUUCGUUUAAUUUACGAGUUGCAAUAUAAUUGAUGUUUUCUGUUAUUAGUAACUUUGAAGUCACGGAAAACAUUUUUUGAAUCCAUUUAUUUUUCUAAUAGGAGGCAUAACACAUUCUCACUGUUUUCAUUUUAUUCGAAGUCAAUCAGUAGCCUAUAUUUGAAUAAUUCGCGGUGAAAUUUUUUUGUUAUUGUCAAAUUUAUGAUUGUUUUGCAACACCAGACAGUUUGGAAUAGAAGCGGAUUAAUCCAUAUUUGCAACCAAUUUCUCGCGCGGAUCUCGUUUAAUUAUACACAAAUAGUCUAAAACGGGGCAUUACGGCCGGGUAAACGGGGAACGGCGAUGGAUUACCGGCGAAUGCGGCCCAACAUCUCUAAUGUGCGGACGGUGUCCGUGGUGACCGUUCAUGACCCCGCUGUUUGGCCUCCAAUGCCUGCAUAUGAGUGACUAUGACUAUGGCACUCCGUAGACCUUUCCGCCCUUUUUUUCAUGUUCUACUUCUUGUUUUCAUUUCUCAACCUUUCACUUCUCGAGUUUUUUGAAGGCUGUUGUAUGCGUGAAACUAGUUUUUUUUUUUUCAUUUUGAGUAGGUUUUUUCGCAACAUUUCUGUCUGUCCUUGAUGUAAUUAAAAAUGCGGUAGCUUCUCUUUUCAGUUUUCUCGAACAUGAGCUGACAAAUAGAAAAAAUGAACCCCUAUGGCUUCAAUUUCUUUUUUUAGUGAAUAGGUCUUUUGAAUUGGAAGUUUGAUGCUGAAUUGUUACGGAUGUUAGAGAAAAACGGUAAUUGGACUGGAAAGUUCUCGAGUUUUUUCUGAGAAUUUUUCAUUUUUUAAAAUUUUCAACAUUCUUAAUCAACAAUAAAAAUAUCAGCUCCGCUCGUUUAAAAGCUAGCCUUAAUAUUUUCAACAAAACCUAACACUUUUCGAACGUGAAAAAUCAACUUGUCACAGUUUUAGAAAGAUCUUGCAACUUUCGUUACUUUGAUCACUUCGAAAAUAAAAAAGAUUGAAACUGCUUAUAGUUUCUUUUUUCAACCAAUCAAACAUUCAGGAUAACUAUGAAACCUGGAUUUUUCAGGAAGAGUCGGACGACGUCAGGUCGGCCAGCAGUCUCGCCUCUCCACAGACCGUUGUUGAUCGGAGGAAUUCCGACCCAUUUUCACAGCUUAGCCCCUUUCCCGACGACGAUCACUACAGCAAUUCUGAGGUGUGUUCAUUUGCUAAUUCGUUGUGAUGGCGUUCCAAGUUGGUUGAUGUUCUUUAAUUUAUUUGUUCUAGUUUCCAGUUCCGCUAAUGUUCCAAAACCUUUUUUUUCAUUUUUUUUUUUUCCAAUAGGAAAACCAAGAAACUUUAAUAUAAUGAAAGCCUUCAAGAAAAAAAAACAAAAAAAAAAUCAAGUGGUUUCUUUUUUUUUAUGUAACUACUGAGAAAAAUUCAUAACAAACAUCUCAGUUUUACGAGCUCAGGAAAUGAUCCAAUCGAAAAAUGUUACUUGAACUUCAUUUUUUCUUGGAUUGGGAGAAGUAUUUUAGACUUAUCAAUCACAUUUUUGGCUUUGAAAAAAAAACUAUAUUUUUAGGUGGAAGACACAGAGGUGAUCGUUGACGAAGUGCGGCUGUCGGUUUCGGAACCGGAAGUACGAGAAGGACCGCUGGACUUGCUGAAGGAACUCGCCAAGAUCGGCAAGAGCUCUCAGGUGAGUUGAUCUUCUCGCAAGAGAUACUUUGCAAGUGAUGCGGGUGUGGGAUAACGAGGCAACCGAGCGAAGAGCGUCCGGUCGAGAGGAAAACACAAGAAUAAGCACAGCGAGGUUAGGUGCAGAAGUGCGUAGAAGAGAAUUGUCAAACAACCGGGGCCUGCCCUGUUUACACAUAUACACAUACAUACACAAGCUGUCUGUUCUUGUUCAAUUUUUGCCACUGUCCUGCGGUCUCAGCUGAGGAGCCGUCGGCAAUGUCCGCUGCGGACGCUGAUAUUUCGGGAGUCCCGACGACAGAGGAGGUUCAGAUGCAGUCGCCUGAAACCAGUGGAGCAGAAUCACAGCCGGAAGUUACCGUUACUACGGAAGAAGUCGUAGUCGUCGAGGAGGUCCCAGUGGACACUUCGAAACCUGAGCAACUGCUCCUUGUUCCUGAAAUGGAAGCAACACCUUUGCUCGCCUUCCCGACUGUCUCAAUGGAGCACGACGACGAAGAAAUUAAAAAGGUUGGUUGAUUCAUACUCAUUUUCAAAUGGUCACUCAAAAAAUUGGGAUUCUUGAAUGAGUUCAAAACGUAACUGAGAAGUGAUACAAAUCCUUAAAAGAGAAAAUGAGGCUUAGAGCUUCAAAAUACGCAUAAAUUUAUAUAUAUGAAAAAGUAGAACUAUUUUUCAGUUUGGUAUUGUACAAAAAAAUUUUUCAUAAUAUUUUUUUGUUUUUUUGGGAAAGUGAGAUUAAAGACUUCAGAGCAGAAAUCCUUGAUCAGCUUCAAACCGGUUCACAUAUUUUUAACUAACUUUAUUUCAUAGAAAAACCGCGAAGGCUUAAUAUUUGCAGUAACACAAAGGUCAGCAUUUUUCUCAUUCUGUUUGAGAGCAUGUAAAUACUUUAUUUGUUAUUUUCAAAUUUCAAAUUCAAAAAUGGCUUCUUGAUUUCAACCAGAAAAAAAUCAAGUUUUGAAAGCUUUACGUGCAUUUGUUUACCUUAGGGCCAGAUGGCUUUCAAGCUGUGAAUUUAUGCAAAUUUUUCCGUAUCGAUUUAUUCACACGGUUUACUGCUAAUAUUUGCGCGAGCGACGGCGCCGUGGGGAGGACAAUUUACCAAAAACUCGACAGGAACGACGAGUUACGUGGCACAUGAGUCAGCCCAGUACAGUCGCGUCCGGGUCUCAUCGAAAAACUUUUCCCUUUUCUGACUGAACCAUGUUCAAAAAUCAAUUUGAGCACCAAGACGCCGAUCGAGACCAGGAGGAAGAGCUCGUCUUCAACGACGAACGCCGCAAAACUGUCACAAUGUGAGUCCAAUUACUUAUCGGUACUUUCCUUCUUUCCUUGCUUUUCAUAUCAUAGCUUUGUGCUUAUUUUAUGAGUUUUUUAUUUAAUUUUCAUCUUGUUGAGAUUUGAAUUUUCACCAUGUUUCAUCUCCUUGCUUUCAUUUUGCUUCCGGAUUUGAUUAUUUUUUUACUAACUUUGAUUCUGAAAAAGGCCUAUAAAUGAGCUCAAGGUUUUGUUCUCUUCGGAAAGUUGACGACUUAGUUGAAUAGAGUCUAAAUAAAAUAGAGUUUUAGAACAGUUUCUUCACUCCGAAGAUAAACUUAUGACCAGAUGGGUUUUGUUUGAGCUUUUUAUUGUGUUUCGCUCAUUUUUUUCUCUAAAAAAAGAAAGUAUACUUUCCAAAAAAACUUAUAACUCUGCUCACUCCUUUUUGGGCUCUUUGCUUCCAACAAUGUUUUAUCUGAUCUUGGUGGAAAUUGCACAUAAAAAAAUGCAUUACUAAAGUUUAGUUCAAAAGAACAAACUUCAAACAAAGAUACUUUCUUAGCUGAAGUUUUUCCUAUCCUUUCAUACUGGAUCAUUAGAUGAAACCCCAAAAGCAUAUAUCCAUCCAAGACAGACCCAAACAAAGAAUCCAUAAUAUUCUGCGGUGGCUUCCGGCGAAUUCGGAUCCAAUAAGGGAUGACUGACCCUCAGCGGGAGUCAGGAAUGCGGCACCCUGUGAUUAUCGCCUUGAUCUUAUGCAAAAAUACGGGUUUCCUGGCACCUAACAUGACUCCUCAAGACAAACAUUUCGGCGUUUCAUGCUUCAGAUUCUCAGUUUCCUAGUGUUGACAAAUUUGACGUUCAUCUUUUUCAGCAAAUCGUACGAUGCCUUUGAGUUAUAGGAGCCUUUUGGAAAUAUGCGAGUCAAUAAGUUUAUGGAGAUGAUUUUUUUAAAAAUUUUUCAUUCUGCAUUUGUUUCAAAGUUAUCCCGAUUAUUGUAGGAAUUCGAAUUUUUUCAGUGAACCUUUCGUAAAAAUUGAAAUUAAAAAAAACCGCGACUUUUUUUUCCAAUUUUCUUUCGAACUCUCAAAGUUCACUGACGAGUCAACCUUGAUACACCGAUUCAUUUCUCAAGUUUUCCUUUCUCCUAAAGAGAAACUCCAAAUUUGUGAGAUAUCUCAGUUUUUAUCGUCUCACGGCAUCUUUUUCCGCUACAUUUAGUCUAUCGGCAUCUCUUUUUAGUGCGUCUUUCGUUUCGUUUUUCAUUACACUCGUCGUCUUUACUGUUUCAAUUUCGUUGUUUUCCGUAAAGUCGAUGACGUUCGUGUAGGAGUGUUAGUGUUAGUCAGUUCGUAACCGAAAUAGGAGCGUCCAGAAAAAUAUAUAGCAGGAAAAGUUUGCCCCUUACGAGUUUAUACUAGUACUUUUUCAACUUUUUUGCUUCUUCUCAAAAUACACUCAUCAUUUUUCACUGUCAAACUAAGUUUUUUUCUCAGAAAAAACUUCGAGUUCUCUGAUUUCGAAUUUCCUCUCUGAAAAACUUUUGGAAGCAAGCUUUAUUGCAAUACUUUAAUUUUUUUUUAGUUUUAUCGGAACGCUCAGCCCUGAAAAAGUUGAGUAUAGACUUUUUUUCUUCGUGGAAUUCUUAGUCCUUAACAUGAUUAGGCCAUCUGAAUUUUUUGUGCUUUAUUGUUUGGCAAAGUUGAGACAUGUGAAAGAAUUUCUCAGAGUUGGUCUUGAUUCCUAGGAUUUUUUUUUCUAGGACUUUUUUUUGGCAUCUUUAUUAUAACUUUACUGAAAAAGUUUUGCGGUAACCCCCCUGUUAUCAGAAGAAUCACAAAUUGAGAUGUGAAACAAUGUACAAAAGCGGACUCAUUUUUCGGUGUAUUUAUCCAAGUGUUUGCUCGCUCGGCUUGUCGCCCGCUCGCGUGUCUGAUAACAGUGUGGGCACCUCGAUUCAACUCCUUCUACGGCCUGAAAUCGUCUCGCGCAUUUCUCUGUGUGUACAAAUACACAUCAAUGAUUUGUGCCUGUAUACGAUCGCCUUUGCCAACGUUUUUAUGACCAAGGUCCUCUGAAAAAAAAAAACGGGAAAAAUGAUCGAAUCUCUCGUUUUAUACUUACCGUCAACGGCUUUUUUUUUCUCUCGUUGCAGGAAGUGUUGCGAUUUUAUGUCUUUGUUUUCCGAUAAGUUUUUUUUGAUUUUGUUCUCUGUAAUUUUUCUGAUGUUGAAUAAAAUUCGUACAGGCUUUUUCGAUUUUUUUUUCAUUAGACGUCAGCAAGAAAAUACUUGCUCGAACUAAUUAAAAAAGGAUCUCGAAGUAAAGAGAGAGGUUUUGAGAAUUUACUAUUAGCAUAGGAGUAUGUUUUCCUAACCGAAUAACGUUUUUAAGUAUUUUUUUGAACAGCUAGUUUUACCAGAUUUCAUCAGGAAUUCUCUGUACUUCAUCUCCUACCUCUCACUUUUCAAAAACUUUAUUUUAUCGAAAUUCUCUUUUUUUCAUAUAUUCUUCCAAAACUCUUUUUACUGGACUUGUGUCCAAUUGACUUGAAAAUGUCCAACGUAAUUGUGUACCUCUCCCGUGUUUCGAAAAUUUAUUGUUGGCUGCUAAUUUUAGCUAUUUGAAGGGAGGACAACGCCUCGUUGCAUUCGGCGUCGAUCACACUUGACACGACGCGAGAAGAACUGCAGUUCAACGAGUCGGUCGCCUCGAAUCCCAUAGACGAAACCGUUCUCAUGCACAGCUUCCGAAGGUUUUUAUAAUAUUUGAGAUGUUUUAGAAACUAGGACAGCUUUUUUCCCGAAAAUUUUAAAUUAUCAGAGUAGGGUUUUGCAGUCCUCACGCUCAAUUAUCUUGAAAGUUUAUGAAAAAAACGCUUUUUCUUGCUCAUUUAGCAUUGAUCAGAAGUCUUCAUUCUUCAAAGUCUUUAACUUUUUUAUAACUCUUUGGUCUUACCAACUGAAGGAUUUGCAAGCUUUACUCAACCAAAGAAUGAUAAAUUUUUUUGACAUUGAAGUUUUGUAAAGCAGCGAGUUUCUCAUGUUCCGCUUCUCAGCUUUUCAGAUGCAAAAUGGAAUUUUCUUCUUCCGAAAACACAUUUUUUUUUUCAAUAGCUUCACGAAGAAUAGAAAUUUUUAAAGUUUUAACGAUCAUUCCCCUGAGUGUUGAGUGAAGCUUUUUUUUUCAAAUUCGAGAGGUCAAUAAGUUUGUCUGCAAUAUAUUUUUGAGAAAAAAAUUCUGAGAAUUUAUAAUUUAAGAUUUAAAAUUAGUGAGUUCCAUGGUUUGAGCCAGGGAUUUCAAAAUACAUUAAAUCGUCAAAUUCAGCUGUCGUCUUUCUUAUGAUGAGCUGUCUGCUUUCUAAACAAAUGACUCAAAUGUUUGACAUACCUUUGCGGGCGUUGCUCUUAAACGUGGAAGAAAUUUAUACUAUUUUGAUUCCGUCCAACUUUUUCUCUUUUUUUUUGAGUUUUCCGAAAUUCCUCUACUCUUUUUGAAAUGGUAGUCGUAGUCCGAAUUUCGAACAUGCCCUAUAAAAUCUGAGAGCCGAACAAGGGCAAGAAAGAGAUGUAAACGGAUCGAUUCAGCACCAAGGACGAAAAAGACACGGAACGGCCUCGAUCACCUCUAGAUCUUCCACCUCCGCCGACCUCACUUGCCCCUCAGCCGACAGUCGAAUCGGCCAUCUCAGCCAGUCGCAUCUACCAGACGCCGACCGUCUGGAAGUCGGCCGAAUCCCCACGGCUGCCAACGACUCUCAUUGGAGCACAACCUCCGCCGAGCAUCCUGAGCAGCAGGAGUCCGGCUCCAACCUACUCUUAUCACUCCGGUUAGUUCUUUAUUAAUUUCAAUUCUGCUACGGAUUUAGUUUUUUGUAUUUUUUUUUCAAGGCGCUUUUCAGUAAUACUGUGAAAAAGAAUGUUGUCACGUGACUGAGUUAAACUUGUGUGCUUCCAAAGUUACGUUCUGUUUCUGCACUGCUGAUGUUUUAGUCCAGAAGAACUUGAUUUUUUUCUUCUUGAAGUACAUGCUUCAGUGAAAAUGUAACCUUUCGUGAAAUAGUUACCGUUUUGUGACCCUUCUCAACUUUGAUAAUUAUCUUUAUCAUUUUUUUGGCCAUGAUCUCACUCUUCGUUUCUGGAAGAUUUUAAACCGAAAGUAUAUUGAGUUUCAAAAAAUCAUAUUGUAGAAAAAUUUGAAGUCGUUGACCAUUUGGAGUGUUAUAAGCAAACAAAAACUUUCGAAAUGGUUACUUUGUUUAUUUUCUCGAAUAAUCUCAAAAGUUUGAGUUUUCAACAUUUUUUCCCAUUUUCCCUCGGCUCAAGAUGAGACAAUACAUGCCUUCGACUGCGUCAGAAGCUAUUCAAGGAUUCUCAGAAAAAAAACUGACGCCGUCCGAAUUAGGUCAUUCAACUUUUUUUCAUGCACUUCAGACAGUCGGGACCAUUUUUUAUUCGGGACAUCCUGUCAAAAGUUCACUGAGAUUAUAAUAUUAUAAGACGCAUCUGCAAUUUUCGAAAAUUCUUGAACUAGCCUGAAAUAUAGUCGAAAAAUUCUAAGAAUCGCAAAUCCUUAAGUAAAAAUCAAGCAUGACCAAAACAGAAAUCAAUAAGAUCUGAUUUCCAAACAAUUUUCCACUGUUUGUGAAGUCGGCGAGAAGGCCUGAAGAUUCUGUCAACGAGCCGUGGCUCACAUUCGCUGCGUACACAUACGCAGAAGCUCCCACAAACAAUGAGUAGUGUCGAGUUGCCGUUCCGCGACCGACCGCUUCUGGCUUCCGCUUCCUCUUUUUCUUCUUCAGGAAGUAACUUUGAUUGGAAUUAUGAAAAAUUCAAGAUGUGUUCCUUUUGUUUUAACUGUGCAGAGCAGUUAGAACGUAUUUCCGUCCUGGGAUUUUUUUCACUUGGUCCUUAAUUUUCAAAAAGUCACAACUUUUUUAUGCCUCAUCACGUCUUAAUUUUUUUAAAUCGAAAUUCAUUUAUUACCUUAGUGUUUCCAAAGUAUAUUCGGCUUUAAUCGGGAAAGGCAGAGAGAUCUACGAACAUUUCUAAACACAAUAACGUUCCAAAUGAAGCUUCAAACUGAAACUUUAUGUUCGGUGCUCUCAAAAAUUGUUUUAGGAAAAGCUUUUGAUUCAUGAAAAAAAUCCUUGUUCACUUUUAUGAUACCAAAAAAAGUCGAACCAAUUUUAAUUUUUUUGAAAAACAAAAAGCUUUCAAAAAAAUGCAGAUUUUUGUUACAACACGAGUUUUGAAGAAUACACUUUUAAUUUCUCCGAUUAUUUUCUUGAGCCUCAGCAUGUUUGUUUGUGGGAACGAGUUUACGUCCACGUACGGUCGUGCCGCAUCACCAACUUUCCCUUUUCUCAUUAUUUCGCUCGCGCCUCGCCGACGAAAAAAGGCUAUUUUGAGAAGAAAAUCGUGCAUCACCGACAAAGCACAUACAUUCCUCAGACUCAUCCGAAAAGAACGUUUAAUCAGCAAAGAAUACAGAAAGACGUGUGUUUUGCAGGAGUGACCGGAAUGAGUGUGCCGCCGACGGAAGCGCCGCCUCUGCCGCCACCGUCGCCGCCGCCGCCACCGCCUGCCUACCUGCCGACGUCUUCUUUUCCCAAGGUUCGUCUCCAUCAUCAUUUCCUGUGCUUUGUCAUCGUCAAUAUGGCGCUUUUCCGUUCUCUCUCUCUCUUCCUUUUUUAGCUUUUCCUUUCCUCAGAGAAAUUGUUUUUGGUUUCCCAAAACGCGGUCUUUCGUUUCAAGGACCCCUAAUUCACAUGAAAUUUUCAUUCAAUUUUAUUCUUUAUCUUUUCAAGCUAAUUUCACUAUGUGAAAUUUUUUUUCAAAAGGUGAGGUGCCUGACACAUAUCUCUAGGCUUUCGAUUGAAAAAAAUGCUUUUCCGUAUUAGAAAAAAUUCUAAAAUUCUCAAUUAUCAUAGUUUCCUUGUUUUCGACAAAGGGUUUCUGUAGAUCCCGUUACCCGCCCAAAUUCAGUUCUCGGACUUUUGAGAUGGAUUCUCCAUAAGUUGUUCCGAUUAUGAUUUUCAAAUUCCAACUUCAGUAUUUUAUUGAGAUUAGUUAUUUUACAAAAGACUUGACCCCUGGAUUUCACUCGAAGCAUUCAUUUCAGGUUCUUCUUUGAAGAACGCAAUAUUCUGGAACUUCUUAUCUCCAUCUCACAUCAAUCAGAAAAGUUAUCGAAUAUUUUUUUAUAUCAAGUAACUGAAAUUCCACCUUUUUGCACGAAUGACCUCUGGUUGACUGUGAUGUGAAUCGCAUCUUUUCGUGAGACGUUCAACUUUCUCUUCCUUCCAAAACUUCUUUGAUGGAGCAGCCAUUGUCCGAUUCGAUCUUUUUGUUCUGUUUCUGAUGCCAUAUUCCUCCAGAAAAAGCAAAGAGAAAUGCAUAUCGUAAAUCUCCCAGGAGGCAUAUUUCCAUAAUUCCUGUUCUCAAAUGUCGCGGCGCCUCACCUGCAAAAGCUAUAGCUCUGCCUCUGGUCGGCGACGCGGCAAACAGCGGGGAUCCCUCUGCACUCCAUUCUUUGUGUCGCUUCGGGCAGUCGGCUGGCGGUCAGGUGCGUGGUGGAGGUCCUUUCGUGUUUGAUCCGUCGGCUUGAUCGAUUCGCGAGCCGCGCACCGUCCGUCAGGACACAAUAGUCUCCUUGUUUGCACGACGGAUAUGUAAUUAGGGCCAGCAAUCGGGUUGCAGUUGCAGAUUAAUAUGGAUUUCGUACUGUUCUGUUGAUAACUUCGGUUUUAGUGUCCUUUUUGAACUUUUUUUGAUCAUUUUGAACUUCCCGCAUCUUUUCAAAUCGCAAUCGAUUCUUCCUUUGUUAUAACAAUUAGUGAACUCCAAGCCAUGGUGUAGAGAAAAUUAUCAUUAUUUUUUUCAUCUGACGAUCUGAUAGCAGAUUUCCCUCGAAUGCGGGAAAGUCAGGGCUUUAUUUCUUGACGCUUGGAUUUUUCUCAGAUUAGGAGCAAAGUUCUCUGAAAUCCAGUUAGGUAGAAGCCCACUCUGCCUGUAGAGGCCUGAAGGUUUCCUGGUUUUCCUGCACUAUUUCGAGAAUGUUUCGAAAAUUUUAGCUGGCCAGUUUAAAAUUUUGAUCUUACUUGAAUGGAAGAAACAGCAAAAAGACAAUGCUAGAUUAUCCAAAAGUAAGAAACCCGUAAUUCCAUUUUUUUUUCAAAACUUGCAAUCUCAUUCGAUUUUUUCUAUUCAUGAAGAUCAUUGUGCAGGACACAGAAUAAAAGAACCAAGAAUUUGAUAUGAAAAAAAUAAUUUUUUUAACGUCAAAAAUGAGUCAACAGAUGCCACUUUUUUCUAUUUUACUUUAGUAGCUCUAAACAUGAACUUCAUCCCACAGAUUGUCGAACUUUAUACUGGGCAAAUAAUGCAGGUUGACAGUUCUGAAAAUCAGUCGAACACAAACAGAAAGUGAGAAGAAGCCGAAAAGCUGGCCAUCAAUAGGAAAAGUCUUGGAAAACGGCAAACGACCAACAGAAAUGGGCAUAACAAUGCGAGUCUGAGGCGAACCUGGCUGUUGUCGGUUGCACAGGCUGUUUGCCUUCACCACAACACGCUCUCACAAAACGUAGCGCCGUCCAGCCGGUGGUCCAUAAUUGCCGGUGACCGCUGGCCCUCCGUUUAUUGCAACCGAUAAGCGACACCGAAGACGUUCUGCCAAGGCCACUCCGACUUGUCCGGCGGGUUUUGUUUGCGUCGCCGUCUUCGCUCACCUGGAUUAUUUUAUUUUUUCCUUCUCAGGAGAAUGCCUUGCUUGCCUCUCCGCUCUUCGUCCUAAUCCUUUUUCGAGUCUUAUAAUAAAUGGCCUCAAGCCUCAUUCGCUUUUGUUUUCCAGGUUUCCCAACUUUACCUUUUCAAGCUUCCAAUUUUUAUUUUCCACUCGUCGUAUGUUUGGGUUUUUUUCUAGUUCGUUAAAAAUAGCUUCAGUCAAAAAUAAACUCAAAAUGAAAAAUAUCACUGAUAAUCUACCUAAAGACUACAGAUACUACUAAGAAUGAUACUUCAUUUUUCCGCUGUUCUUUUCUAGUUUUGGGCAGAAGCUUAUUGAGUUUCGUUUCAAGAGAUUUUUCUUUAAUUCGGAAAACUGACCGGUCAAUCAAGAUCGGUUUUCGUUCAUUAAUUUCAAAACAAGAUUUUUUUCUUUUUUUCUACUCGACUACUGGCAAACAUCUUUCAUCUUUAAGGUUUCAACAGUUAGAGUUUAUAAAAUUUCUCUCUAUUUUGCAUUCCACUUUUCCUGGUGUUGACCUCUUUCCAACAAGUGCCAUCUCAACAGAAAAAAAGCCCUUUUCUUCAAAUUGACAUUUGUUCUCUUUUUUCGGGACUGUCUUUCGGCCAAUCGUCUUUUGCCAUGUUAUUUGCUGUGUUUUGGUGGAACUGGACCAGCCGCCGGCUUUCGCGCUGUCGAAAAUUGGCAUAGUAACGGUCGAAUAAUUUUUGUUCUGUAUUGUUGCGGCUAAUCGCCUCUUGUCCGCAAGAUUAUUACGUGUUUGUCUUUCGGUUUUUUCUGGUCAUUUCUAAGAAAAAAUUUUCUAGAUUUUACAAGCCAAAAAAAGUCAAGGCGUUUUUUCCAGCCUCAGCUUGAAACUAUACAAAUAAUUUAUUUUGAUAAUAUACUCUAACAUUUCUCGUUGUUGAAGUCAUUUGUCAAACUUUGUUCGCAUUUUUGUUAUUAUAUUUGGAUUUUCCUACAGCUUUUCUUAUAUAAGUCCAUCAAAUAAUUUGGAUGAAGAAGAAAGCUCUGAUUUUCUCACAUGUACUUGUGAAUAAAUUCACUCAUUUUCUUAAUUUUGUUCACCUCCGGCAGCACCAUACUUUUUCUUUUCAGAUUAGUUAUAGUUAACCAAAAUUUGAUUUUUGUCAUUUUUAAGUCGCUUUUUCUUUUUAACUUCAUCAAACAGGAUUAAAUCGAAUUAUUUCUGCAUCAACCAAGAAGUGAAUUUUUUUGUAUUUAUUAAAGUCGUUUUCAGUCGGACCACUCUUCUCGAGAAGACCUGCUCUCGGAGCACGCGACGUCGCGCUCGACGGUUCGUGAGAUUCCCGUCCAGAGGGCUCCGUCCACGGCGCCAUCGCAUUCCAGCGUCUUCGACUACAGAAUGCCGUCGUCAUAUCAUCACACUUCCGAUGCUCCCCCUUCAGUAAGCCUUUUUUCAUUGAAUCCAUUUUUUUAUUAUUCAUUUUAAGAGAACAAAUUCUUUAGGUGUUUUUUUAUUUCACACAGAACGAGUAACUUUAAACUUGCUUUUUAUGAAUUUUUUUAUUACUUCUCAUGUUUCUGUAGUGAAUCAAUACCAGAAAAAAACAUUUUUUUCAAAAAGUAUGAAAGAGGAUUUUUUUCGAUCGAAAUUUCUUAUUCGUAAAAAAAGACCAAUGAAUUGUUCCUAUGAAUCUUUUUUUCUCAACAUUAGAAAAAAAUUCUAACUGAUGUUCAAUUUUCGGAUAUUUUUUUCACAGCACAAAACAUGAAAGCUCCGGGAAAAACUUGGAAAAAAAUGAGAAAAAAAUUUUUGCAUUUUAAUUUUGCAAAAGUACACAGUUCUGAAAAAUACAAAAAGCUUUUUUUUCUUUAUGUGUUGCUUCGAAUAACUUGGGAGCGCUGUAAUCAACCAAUUUGCGAAGUUUGCUUAUUUUUCUUGAAAGGUUUGUUUCAAGCUUUACAAAAAAAAAAUGGACUACAGCUAUUUUUCUCUUACUGAGAAAAAUUUCACAGUACUUUUAACGGAAGCUGGCUCCGAUUAUUUCGUAUACUCUUCGUUGAAAUUUUUUUUUUAAAGAAUUUAAAUUAAUUUGAGCUUUCAGUUGAAAAUAUAGACGUAAAGAAUCAAAUCAAAUUUUUUCAAAGCUACUCAUUGGCUUUGCAAGACAUAUAACUGACAGAACAUCUAAUGUGAAUUAUUUUAUCACACCUGAUUUGUUGCAAUGUUUUUCUAAGAACUUCAAUCUUUUCAAAGAAAAUUCCUUUUCCAAUCAGAGUUUUUAGAUUCUCAAUUUCAGCGACCCGCUUUGCUGGCGAGUGAACUAUCGAAAAAUUCGAUCAUAGUUUGUUGAUUUGUUUUUCGCUGCGACCUAAAACCGGUAUAUUCACCUUUCCAGUAAAUGAAACUUCUUAACCAUUCAAAAACCACCGCCCUUCACGGCUGCUGUUUUUUCAACGCCCCUUACGUUCAAAACAAAUAUUUGCUACAGCCUAGGUACCUUGUAGUGGUGGCUUAGUUACGUCAGUUGAAGAUGGCAGUAUUCAUUCGAAUAAUAAAUCAACAGUUUUUCUUCAUUUAUAUACGUUUUUAUCAAAAUUUUCUUCGUUUUCUUCGGGCGACUGGACGCAUGACAAACAACUUGACAAAAAAACCUGGCUGUCUAAACAUUCUCACAGUUUUCUCGCUUCUUUUUUCUCAUCGUACAGUCACACAUUUUCUAUUGAAGCCUUUUCAAAAAGAAAUAAAUUGUUCCGAAAAUCAGUUCAGAGUUUGCUCUCAGGAAAAAUCAAGGAAGCCUUGGAUCGUUCUCAUUUCUCGCGAUCAUUAAUUAUAGCUAAAUUUAGGAAUAAAGUGAAAACUUUCGGAGUUCAGAAGAAAAUCUCCGAGAAACAAAAUUCCUUUCUAUGAAAUGAGUUUAUUGUUUUGCCAACUCACUUCACAAACCGAGAAAAAAAGAAAAUAAAAACGCGAGAUGGCCUUGUUCUCUUUUUCCACGAUUAAUUGGACUUUUCUCCUUUUCUUUUUUAUAUUAAAAAAAGACCAGUUUCUUGCUCUUUUCAUUAUCUGUUUUCUAUUGAAACUUUACUUGAAAAGGAACGAGUUCGUGCUGCCGUUUGUUUUCCUUGGAACUUUUUCUCCAAAAUUGUAAAUGCAACGACCUUCUGGAGGCUUUCCCAUUCCAGAAUUUGUGUUUGUACGCACCGCAGUUCAGUGUUCGCAUGCACCAAUGUUUGCGUUGUGUUGCAGUACAAACACGUCGCUUCUGAGGGAGGGACUAUUUUUGCUCCGCGACACCGAGCCUUCGGCUCCUGGAGCUCAGCUUGGCCUGGGAAACUCGCCACUAAAAGUUGCUUCUUUCAGGACGAAUACUACCGUCGUGAGGUCAUGACGCGGACUAUCAUCACAAGGAGCACCGAAGCGCUUUCGCAGGUUUGUUUUUUAACGCUUUCUGUUCUGUUUUUGUCUGCUGAUUUCUACAUAGAUGUUUGGAUUUUGUCUAAUUUUAGAAUACUAAACUCAUUUCUUAACUCUUGAAUAUUUUCCAACUUCAACUUUGUCUUCAUCGCUUUCAAGGCAAAAAAAAAUUAAAAUAAAGACGCUUUUUUGUUCUAAUAUUCAACCAAUUUUUAAUGUUCUUUCAGAAAUUAGGAGUUCUCAGCAUCAAAAAAAAAUUCUAAUAAUUUCAAUAUUUUCCUUUUCAGCCCCCUUUGGGAAGAUCGUCGCCGAUUGACAGAUAUCUGCAGUAUGGUAAUGAUGGAAGAACAAGAGAAGAGAGAACAGUUGACUACAAAGUCACUUACCAUCGUGACAUCGAAGAAGAAGAGCGGAGAGUCCGAGAAGAUCAAGAACGACGACGUCAAGACGAAGAAGAUCGACGAAGACGCGAAGAAGAGAAUCGCUUGCAAUGGGAGCAAAAAGAAAGAGAAGCACUGGCUCGACUUCGUGAGCAGCAGCUCCAGCAUGAGCGACAACUCGAAAUUUCCAUCUUAGAAAGGGAACGAAACGAAAAAGAGCGCAUUGAUAGGGAUCGUAAUGAAAGAAAACGACUGGAAAUGCAACGACGUGCUGAGUGGGAACGUCUGGAAAACGAGCGGAUUGCUCUAGAAGAAGCUGAUCUCGCCCGCAAAAGACUUGUGGAAAAAGAACGGCUUGAGCGCGAAAAAGUUGAAGAGGAACGCCGUACGAGAGAAAGACUGGAGAAAGAACGUGAACGCCUUGAAAGAGAGCGUCUGGAGAACGAACGACGAGAGCGAGAACGACAAGAAAGAGAAAGAAUCGAACGUGAAAGAAUCGAACGUGAGAGGAUAGAAAUUGAAAGAAUCGAAAGGAUCAAGAGAGAAAGAAUUGAAAGAGAGCGUAAAGAACGAGAAAAAGAAAAAGAGGAAGAGGACCGUCUUCGGAAGUUAGUUAAUUUUUUUUUUGUUGGUUUGACUGCUGUCAUUACAGGGAACGUGAGGAACUUGAAAGACUGGAAAGAGAAAGGCGUGAGCUUGAAAUCCGUGAGCGCGAAGCCCUGGAGCUGCAGCGGCGUGAGGUAGACUUUCACUUUUUUCUCUCUCUCUCUGAAAAGAAAAUUUUAGGCUGAAGAGCAUGAAAGGCAGCGUUUGGAAGAUGAGGCCCGUGAAAUGCGUCGCCGUGAAGAAGAACGUCGUGAAGCUGAACUAGUUGCCAAAGUUCAGCAGCAGGCUGAAGAACGGGAGAUGCUGCGCAAACGCAAGGAAAGAGAAGAACAAGAGCGUUUGGACCGCAUCCGUCGUGAGCAGCAACGGAUCGACAUGGAGCGUGUCGAUGCUGAGCGACGUGAGAGAGAAAGGUUCGUUUGAAUGAUUUUUAAAACCCUGCUUUUUUUUAGGAAAAUUAUCCCUUUUUUGUCAUUAUUCUGUUUUAGAGCCGAAGAAGAGCGACGAGAGCGUGAGCUCUUUGAAGCAUCUCAUCGAAGCAAAGAAAUGCGAGAAAGAGAGCGACUGGAAGACCUGGAACGAGAACGUCUGCGUCAAGAAGAAGAACGACGGGAAAGAGACCGACGUGAACAAGAAAGACGGGCUGCUGCUGAGAGAGAACGACAACGACGCCUGGAAGAAGAAAAAGAACAAGCCCGUUUGAUGGAACUGGAACGAGCAGCGGCUAUCCGCCGAGCUCAAAGAGACGCUGAACUUGAACGUGAGAGAGAGCGCGAUGAGCUGGACCGUAAAGCUAGGCAAAUCGCUGAAAUGGAGCGACUAGAAAACGAAAGACGCGAACGAGAAAGACUAGAAGAAGAAGCUGCACUAGCUAAGCUCAGAGACCAGGAGCGCCGUAACCGAGAAAUCCGCGACAGAGAACGUCGUGAGGCAGCUGAACGUGAAGAAGCGCGCAGAAAGGUUCCCAACUGCAUUCUUUUCAGAAGUUUCAAUUUCAUUUUACAGGAAGACCGGAGGUCUCGAGACAAGCUGGAUUACUUGGCUCGUGAAAGGACAGAGAAAGAGAUUUUCGAGGCUGAGAAACGACGUCUUCUUUCGGAGAAGGAGGCGAUGAACAAGAAGAAGCAUCAUCUUCUUAGUAGCGAAACUCUUCAGAAGCUGACUCAGCCUGCUUAUUAUUCCAGAGAACCUGCUGAGUACACAACCAAAGUCGAACGACAGGUUUUUAUUUCAAGUUGUUUAAAAGUAGAUAGUUUUCCCCUUUUAGGUUAUCGAGAGAAUUGAUCGAAACCUUUGGGUUGAAGAUGCUCCACUGUACCCUACAUCUCAAAACGCGAUUUCAUACUCUCUCGACUCGACAAACGACGAAAAUGCUCGUGACCGAAUUUUCAACCAAAACGAUCUCAACAGGAACGGAUCUAGCAGGUAUUUUUUGGAAUCACUCAUUAUUGAUUAGGUCCGAAAUUUUCGUUGUCGUGACCUAACUGACAAGCUUGAUAAAAAUGAACACGAAAGCGAAAAUGUCUACAGACUAUCGGUGUCUUUAUAUCAGGACUUGAAUGAUUUCAGAAGCCGUUACCACCGCGCGAAGAUGGACAAAGCUCGCCGAGACUUCUAUUCCAGCACUCAGGAUUCCACCGGUAUGCCAUGAGCCUCAGCAGCAAAUUAGUAGCUUUGAAUCGUCGAGUUUUAUCAAAAAUAGAAAAUCUCUUACGAAUCUCUUCGAAUAUCCACCUCAAAAGAAGCCCCGUACAAAUACAACUAGCGAAAGCGUUGAGAAAAUUAUCCCUUGAUAAUUUCAACGCCCUUUCGUUUGUCUUUAUUGUCAUACUCUUUACCUUUAUCUGAUGAAAGCUUAAACCCUUUCGAGUCGCAAAAAAAGUUCAGCAUGCUUGUUUUCUUUUUGUUGAGCUAUUUUUUUUACAUUCUUUCCAUGUGCCCAUUUGCCGUGGCUUAUCGUUCGGCCGUGUCCUACAUACCCGUUGUGAAGAUUGUCUCGAUGUUACUGUUUUUCGCAUGUUUCUAUGUACAAUAUCUUUAGAAGGUCCAACCACCGCACCAGAUUUUUUUACAAAUUGGAAAGGAAAGGCAAAUAACACUGCACAAUAAGUUUACUUAGUUUAAUUAGGUGUCAUAGAAAAAAAUCAUGAAAUGUUUCAGUAAAGUUUUUUUUCCUUCUGUAAGCAUGGGAAAAGUUUAGGUGGAUGGAAAAGUUCAAAUCAGCCAUGAUAGGCUGUUUCUUUAAAUUGUGACCGUCUUCAUUCAUUCACAGAAAUUCAUAUGUACAUAAAUGUUUUCUCAACGAUUCAAAAACCUUGGAACCAGCUCAAAAAUCACAAGGUUGCAUGAUUUGUGCAUGAAAGCAUCCUCACAAGCACCAUAUGGAAAAAGUCAUUCGUUUACAUAAUCGUGCCAACAAGUGUCUUAAGCUUCUAAUUGCUGCUUUCUCUUUUUUCACUUCAAACUUUCAAAAAUUUCGAAGAUUUCACUUAUCUGCAUCUUCUGUGUGUUUGUGUGGCCCUCUUCUAUCUUUCUUUUCAUUUUUUUUUCUGCUCCUACCGACAAUGCAUUUAUGUAUUCAUAUAUGUACUGAUUUUUUUCCGGAUAAAUUUUUUUAUCAGCUCUUUUUCUUCUCUUGGCGCUUUUUUUCUGGGCAAGACACAACAUUUGGAAAUAGAUUUUUAAUUUGAUUGUUGAAAAAAAGAUUGUGAAGGAAUGACUUUGGACAUGGCACGUGCGCACCUUUGUUGGUUAAUUGGAACGUCGUUCACUUUUUAAUAUUUGGAAGAAUAUUAAUGACUGUUUUUUUGAAAAAAAGAGUCGAGUAACUGGUGCACGUAAAAGAAGUCGGUGCGGUGCCUUUGUGUAUAAAGAACAAGUUUUCAAAUCAAUGUAUGGUUAAACCUUCCUGAUUUGAAAGGCGAAAGAGGUUGAUUGGCAAAGGCGAAGCGUUGCGUACGCUAUGCGGCUUUUUGGCCGAAACUAAAAAGACGAAGCCAGCCUUUUUCGAUAUUUUUUUCAUUUUAAUUUUUUUCAAUUUCUUUAUGGUUUGGAAAAAUAGUUUUAAAGGAAUAUAAGUCAAAAAAACUUUUAAAUUAUUUUUUUGCACUUUUUUUCUGUGAUUGCGUUUAAUCUCGAGUUUCUCGGCAAGAGUCAACGUUUCGCCCUUGCCAAUUUACCCAUGACGCGUUUUUGAAUCGGGCAAAAUUAACUAUACUUAAGGAUUGGUUUUUUUUAGGAUUUGAAAAAUUAUGCCAGAAGAUUUUUUUGAACAGCAAUCUUGGGAUAUUUUUGUGAAUGAUGACGAAGGUUUUUCAUUUUGGAAAUUUUAGAUUAUUGGAAAAAGGGAGAAACAGGAAAAAGUCAAACAUCCAGUAGUUUCGAAUGAUGGUCAACCGGUUUGAAAACGUUCAGACGCUGUUGGGGACCGAUUUCGAAAAUCGAACGAUGACAUUUCGGUGAGAGCUCGACCUGAUUACCGUGGCCCUCUUCUCCAGAAGUUCCACGAGUCUGGCUUCAAGUCAGCCGCAGAUUCCGAUGGCCUUGCCUACCGACGCGUUGGACCCAGUCCCUAUUCCCAGGUUUGAUAAUUAGGCUCAUCCUUUUGCUUAAAAUUCCCGCAGUGGUACAAAAAAGCUUGUAAACUGGCAAAAAAUGGAGCUUUCGUUCGACUAAUCUGAGACUUUCACACCUGGAAAAAGAAAAAUUCACUGGAAAAUCUGAAGCUCCAUUCAAUGUCAUCGAAGUGUUGUGAUGUUUUUGUUGGUUGGUGACCAGAACCCUUUUUGUUGUCUCUGUGUAUCCCCAAAAGUUUCUGGCGCUAGUUGUCUCAAACUUGGGGGCGGCUGAACCAAACCUUGCUUUGACCAUCGCCAUUGCUAGGAGUUCGAGCGACUUCUCGAAGAGACGGAAAGAAAGUACGCCGCCUAUCGCAAUCGCAUGAGCCAGCCAUCGCUGUACGGCACGAGUAGACACUGGAGCACCAACUAUUUAGACAAUGCCGACAGUCGCAAGGUAAAUCGCUUCUUAGCAUGCUUUUUCCCUUCUAUGUUCUCGCUCUGUGUUGGAGAUUUGAAGUUUUUAGUGAAACGGUUAUUUCAGGUUAUCACAACAGAGAUUCAUAACCGCGCUGGUUCCGUCGUGGCCUAUGAAAGAGACAGUCGCAGAGAUUCGCCAGCUGACAAUGCUCACAUCCGAAGCCGCAGUGCUGACUACCUCAUGGAUCGCAAGUAAGAAAUAAAAAGACCGGAUGAAAUGAGAAAAUAAGUCAAAAUGCUUAUCAAUUUACAAUUAUUGAAAAAUUCGUCUCACUUCACAGUACAGAAGAUUUUUUUCUCUAAGAAUUGAAACAAGUGUUUAAAUAGUAUAUAACGGAUCUCACUAUUCUGACGUUAGGCUGUUUUGGGAUAUAAUUAUUUUUGGAUCAGAACCCAAAUUCAAAAUUGGCUCAAAGAAUUGAUAAUCUUAUUUUGGUGAUUUGAAUCCCGUUAUUUCUUCAAAGAAAAACCUCUUAUUGCAAUUUUAAUUUUUUCCUCUCAAAGAAUAAACGAAAAAAGUUCAAAACUACGGAGUUUAAGUUCACGCAUUACAGGAUACGCGAAGAAACAGAAGUCCCAGAGAAUCAGCUGCAGAAGUCAGCAGUGGAAACUUCGCCACCAGAGUCACGUCUUUCUGAGCACGAGCUCCGAUUCCGCAAAUCGACGGAGAAACUGACGGUGCCAGAUUGGUACCGCGAACAUCGCACUAACACUUCCAACACGACCACCACCUACCGUCCAUAUCCGCCGACAGCUCCUCAGAAUGAAACUUCUGAUGGAAUCACCUUCCCUCAGGGCAUGUUCGACAAGUACCGCGACGAGAUCGAGGACCUGCGCCGGUCGCGUUCCUCGUUACAUCAGCUUGCUGAGCAACCCCAACGACAGGUAGUCGCAUUGUGAUAAAUGCGCCCGACUUUUUCCUUCUUGUCCGUCUUCCCGCUGCACGCAACUUCUCCCUAUUCUUCCUGCAUUUUCCAUACUUCCCACUUUUUCUCAUUUUACUUGUAUUCCAUAAUAAAACUGCUCAUCUUAGCAAAGGUUAGCUUCCAUUAAACAGCAUAAUGUUAUGAAAUAAUUAAAAGCUCAACCAGACCUUCGCUCACAUUAUUCAUCGUGCUUAAUAUUUCUAGAAACAGAAAGGAAUCUGAUUUAACUUUUAAUUAGAUUUUAUGAAGUUUUCAGCUUUUUUCCAUUGCAUGGUCCUUAUUUUUUCACUUACAUUUCAUAAAUUAUACUAGCCAAUAAAUCUGCUGUCAUUUUGCAAUAAAGAUAAUAUAUUCCUUGUCUUGGAUGUCAUAUCAUUUUAAAUGUGCUAAUAAAUAAAAGUAUAUCGGAUUGAUGUUGCAAAGAACAAAAGAAAAAGCCAGGUGCAUGUCUUUAUCCUUACUGAUCCUUUGUUGCUUGGGAGAAUAAAAAUGAAAAAAUUCUGGCAUCGCAAAAAUAAUAUAAAUGUACGCAAACCCUCCGCUUUUCCCUGCUUGGUUCAGUUCUUGGGAUUCCAGGCAUGAUCUAGAAAUUACGAUGGUUUUGUAGGGCUCUCAAAUCAGUAUAGCGGAUCAGUCACGCGCCUUGCCUGGCUAUACCGUUUCAGACGUUCCCAAUGAGUGGAAAAUUCAAUCCAGCAGGUUUUUUUAAGCUUCUUUGUUCAGAAAACAUAUGUUUCUGAGUUUUCCAUUCAACAAAGACUAUCAUUUUUUUCAAAAAUAUAUGUAUAAAAAAACCUUGAAAAAUUCGGAAAGUAAGGCGUAGGAGGCGUUUUAAAGACUUUUUUCGAAAGAUUUUGCUAUACUCAUGCUUUCGAAUUCAGCCGAUCUCGAGUUGUAGAAGUUGCAGACACGUUUGUCGGAACUUCCAAAUCCACUCAUGACUACGGUGAUCUAAUAAAAAAAAGAGCUAAAAUCACAUGUUUCACCAUUGUAGGCAAUUUCACCACAAGAUAUGGAGGCAGAGUAACUAUUGAGGAAGUUCUUGACUCAAUUUUCCAAAGAGUUGCUCCUACCUCCCGCGUUAUCGACACCAGGUAAGGAACCAAUUCAGUUUGAAGAGAAUAACUGAAUUAUUUUCAAGUUAUCCGAUGGCGGAUGACCUUUAUCAAGGGAAUUUGGAUAAUCCAAGUAUUUACACUAACAAUUUCAACGUUAUGCAUCAAGUAAUCAAACAGCCUGAAAGAGCCGAACAUUUGCUGCGGUGAGUUUUCGAACUCUUUCCGAGCAUUUUGAUUUUGGUUACCUUUUCAGAGAUGAAGAGCUCUUCGUGAGGUGCGCACAAUGUCACCGCACUCGGGAACUUUCUGCGGCUCGUCUUCAGUUCGUCUCUUGCAAAAACUGCUAUACCUACUACUGUUCGAGAGAAUGCAGGUUUGUUGAGUAUAUAGGUUUUUUUUUGUUAAUCCAUUGCUAAAAAUGAAAAAAAAUUGGUCCAGCUUUAAAUUAAUGACGGCGACGGUGGUUUUUGUGAGAAGUGGGCUGAAUUUUGAAAUUCCCACGCAGUCAAAAAUGCAUGAGCUUUUAAAUGAAAGAAGGUAAGGGUUUGUGGUUGGAAAACUGGACGCGAAUGUUUUUUCAGUAUAAGUUGAGCUCCUAACAAGUAUUUUAGAAAAUAGAAAUCGAAGCAUCAACUUAACUUUCAGGAAAUUUCCCCUGCAUGAAGGGGUUUUCUAUUAUAUCAUCAAGUUCUCUGAUUUAGAGCAAACAACUGGGCUCAGCACGCUGUUCGUUGCUCUUUCGCCCGAAUCAACACAUUAUGCAAGGAUGUCAUAAUGAAGGCAAGAGAUUUUCUUCGAAUCUCUACUUAGCACUUUUGAAAGCGGAUUGGAAGCGUUUUUUUGGGCUGAUUCAAAUUUUCUCUCGACCCAUUAAACCUUUUUUGUUUUCUUUCGGCCAACUCUCGGCUACUCAGCCGCCCACAAACUCGAACACGUUUGGCAAGAGAUGAGAAACCAGAAGCCAAAAAUAAAUGUUCGAUAAUAAUAAAUUCAUUCAAGGUGCGCGUUGAUGAAGAGGCUCAAGCGUUCAUGUCGAAGGUCGCUCGAGAAGGCUUCGCGAAUAGUGGACGGGGCAGCGUCAACAUCCGUUUGAACUCUCCGCAGCUUGCUCAGGUUCCCUGAGAACUGCAGAAAGAAAGAAAACCGUUCGGACUCGAAGUUUAGAAAUAAUGUUAACCGAUUCUCUUAUCCAGUUAUUUAGAGCUUUCUGGUUUCAAAUAUCAUUAGAGAUUUUGAAAAAAAAAAAGAAUUUAGUGAAACCAAUGCGACUUUGCUCGAAUUUUUUCUCAAAAGUUUUCUAAUCAAACAUCCGAUUCAUCGUGACAUAUACAUUCAAGUAUCAGACGAAUGAAUUCCCAAGAGAGCUCUUGUUUUGAAUUUUGCUGAUUACGUCGUAAACCAGGAUUUCAGCAUAUGGGACGUACGCGAUUGAAAAACGACUUCUGAUUAUUGACCAUCUUUUUAGGCAUACGUGAGUCAUGGAUGGCGCGCUCUUGCUGCCGUACCACUCAACCAACUUCUCUACUACUACACGAUUGCAGCUUUAGUUCAAGAGAAAAAAGAACCUUCCCUGAUCGCUUUGUGUCGGAGAUACGAACCAAGGUACUGUUGAAAAUGAUUAGCAAACAUGGAUUUCGGAUAAACCACAUUUACUUUCUGAGCAUUUUCUGUUGAGCUUUUUUUCACCUAAGUUUGGAGGAACUUUUUGAACAGAAAUUCCUGGAGCCGUUAUAUAAAAAUUUCUGCUUUAAAAAAUGUGGGGAUGAUCUGAGAAUCGAAAUUCUCAUAGGUUUAUUGGCUGAACGCCUCCGGGUUUGAAACAAGCCAAUUCGAGAGACUUAAACCUAAAAUAAAGCCAAUAUUUUUCCUGCUUCGACGUCAUUACUUUUUUGCUACUUGUCAUUUUCUUCAGUGCAUUCGUGAGAAGUUUUUAGCGCUCUCUCAAAAGUUUUUGGAGCUUAAACAUUUGAGAAAAAAUAACUUUGGCUUUAAUUAAAUACAACUCAAUUUUGAAAAAUUGGAAACGCAUUUUCCAUUUGUUCGUUGGGAUGUUUGAAGAUGUCAUACUGAAGCUUCUAGUUUUCAGACAUGGGGGAAAAUUUGGUGUAAAAAAGCACCGCAAAAUUCUGAAAAUCUGGAACUACCUACAAUAACUUUGAUAAAUUUGCCCAAGUUGAUUUUUUUUUUUUGGAAAAAGGUAACUGUGUACUAAUUUUUCUCUUGGCAUCAAAAGCUGGAAAAAUUUAUUUAGAGGCUUGAACAGUCAAAAAUCCAACACAUUCAAAUAAAGCUUCUCUCGAGACAAAAGAAAAAAAAGUAAUGAAAUGUCGAGGAGAAAGAUUUAUAGUGAAGAAAAAAGAUGAGAUCUUGAGUGCCGGAUUUUCUCACGCAUCUGCGGCAGCACAAUGGACCAUUUUGCAGGGAGAAGUUCAUCCUCUCCGUGAGCAUCAUCGCCGACAUCGAGCAGUGUCCAGAGACGCCGCCUCCGGAGACACGAGACUUGUCGGCGCCGGUGUCGGCGGCUGCUCUCCUCAGUCCUCCUUACUACCAGCCAGUACCGAUUGCUCUUUUCACCGAGAGUUUAGUUCCGAGCGACGUUUGA